AAAAUUCCCUGAUGUUUCCAAAUUUGAUUUCAUCUACACUCCUUUUGCUUUCCUCUUAACUAAUCACUACUUAAACUACCAAUUCUUCGAUGUUCAACCACGCGCCACUCUAUAUUCGCCCUCCUCCACCACCACCACCACCACCCUCCUGUUAUCACUCCACUGCCUAUCUUGCCUAUCGCAUGAAAACGCGCGCCCAGCCUUAAAUCUAAUGGUUUUAUUCAACUUUUUAUGCUAAUUUUUUAAGACCGGCUUCCAGAAAAGAAGGCCGUUCAUCGUAAUCCGUGCGCUUUCCCUUUGGUUUGGUCUGUAGUUCUGGUACCCUUAUUUUACUCUCUCUACGACUAGGUCUCCUCCUCCCACUGUAAAAAGAAGACAAAGGAGAAGAACUAGCGUUUAUAGGUCGACAGAACUAACAAUGGUUACCGCUACUGGGAAGGUGAGAGUGGCAAUGGGGCUGCAAAAAUCCCCUGUCAACAAGAAGCAAGAAACACCGCCAAAGUCAAAGCAGCCAAAGCCAAAGCCGCCGCUGCCUUCGCCGAGUUCCGUGAAGACUGGAUCUCCUAAGGCCGCUUUCUCGCGUUCAUUCGGCGUCUAUUUCCCACGAUCCUCAGCGCAGGUACAGCCACGGCCUCCGGAUGUGGCUGAGCUCCUCCGUCUCGUCGAGGAGCUUCGUGAGCGAGAAUCUCUAUUAAAAACUGAGCUUCUGGGACACAAGCUGCUCAAAGAGUCCGUGGCGAUCGUUCCUGUGCUCGAGAGCGAAGUCUCCCAAAAAACCGCUGAGCUUGAAGUGGCGAAUGAGAAGAUCGGGAGGCUAGAAGUUGAGAAUGAUAGACUCGAAAAGGAGCUCCGGGAAGUGAAGGAGAAGUUUGAAAAAGAGAGGAGAGAGAUCGAAAGGAAAGUGAAGGAGAUGGAAACGGAGAUUGCGGAGCUUAAGAAAACGGCGUCGGAUCGUAGUAAAGUGGAAAUGAAUGUGGAGAAUGACGAGCUCUCGUCUUCUCAGAGAUUUCAAGGAUUAAUGGAGAUUUCUUUGAAAUCGAAUAUUAUAAGAAACCUGAAGAAAGCAAACAGGUGUAGCGAAAUUACUGUUACUACUAACCAAGAAAAUCACAGGGCGGAGACCGUGGAUUUAAGGAGAGAUGAGGCAGAAAGUGAGAGACCGAGGCACUCCAGGUGUAACUCGGAGGAACUCGCUGAGUCCACUCUGAUUAAUCUGAGAUCUAGGGCUCCUAGAGUUCCAAAACCACCACCAAGGCCGUCAUCCUCGUCCUCACCAUCAUCGCCAACAUCAUCUGGCAGUUCUUGUCCAUCGAUUCCACCACCUCCACCAGCGAUUAAAUCAGUGCCUCCACCACCUCCGCCUCCAGUUAAAACUGCGCCUCCUCCUCCGCUGAAGGGAAUAAAAGGCGGUCAAGCGAAGGUGAGAAGAGUGCCCGAGGUUGUUGAGUUUUAUCAUUCCUUGAUGCGGAGGGAUUCUCGACGGGACUCCGGCGGCGGCACGACGGAGCUGGUACCGGUUACGCUCAACGCCCGCAACAUGAUAGGGGAGAUUGAGAACCGGUCGACUCACCUGCUUGCGGUAAAAACAGAUGUGGAAACACAAGGAGAUUUUAUAAGGUUUUUGAUCAAAGAGGUUGAAAAUGCAGCCUUCACAAACAUUGAUGAUGUGGUGCUUUUCGUUAAGUGGCUUGAUGAUGAGCUCUCUUACUUGGUGGAUGAAAGGGCAGUGCUUAAGCACUUCGAGUGGCCAGAGCACAAGGCAGAUGCACUGCGCGAGGCUGCAUUUGGUUAUUGUGAUUUCAAGAAGCUUGAAUACGAGGCUUUGUCUCGUUCUGAUGAUCCUCGCCAGCAAUGUGGUCCAGCUCUCAAGAAAAUGCAGGCUCUACUUGAAAAAUUGGAGCAUGGAGUCUACAACCUCUCACGAAUGAGGGAAUCCGGUAGUAAGAGAUUUAAAGGUUUUCAAAUUCCUACAGAUUGGAUGCUUGACACUGGGCUUGUAAGCCAGAUCAAGCUGGCAUCAGUAAAAUUAGCAAUGAAGUAUAUGAAGAGAGUAUCUGCUGAACUUGAAAAUGUCGGGGGUAGUCCUGAAGAGGAGGAACUGAUUGUCCAGGGGGUUAGAUUUGCUUUCCGGGUGCAUCAGUUUGCUGGAGGUUUUGAUGUUGAAACAAUGAGGGCAUUCCAGGAGCUGAGAGACAAAGCUAGAUCUUGCCAUAUACAAUGCCAGAAUCAGCAAAAUCAGAGACAUGUAUGCAGGUCUACUACUACUACCUGUUAAUCUGUAGCAACCUCAGCUUCAGAAUUGCUUACCUUUUUGGUUGUAAAGAUGAAAACAUAACGUAUGUGAAUACCAUGGCUGAGGCCAUCUCUCAUUAAUUUUGAUUUGUUGAUCUGAUCUAUUUUCCUACUUUUCACUCAUCAAACUGGAA